CUCGCAACAUAGCGUGACCGAGAGGAGUGCUAGCUUAAAAUUGUGACUUGGCUCGUUCAACUUCCAGUCAGUUAUCGACCGUACAACUGUAAACCGCACAGUGUAGGUUCCACACCGCUAUCCACGCAGGAGUAGGGAGUACGCUGAGGACCUGCAUCUAGGAGAACACGGGGUUGUGAUUAAUUCAAUAAGCGUGGCUAAAAUCCAAAAUCCAAAGUGAUAUAAGAAGAAAUAAAAAUCCAUCUGGGGUAAAAAAUAGUUUGGCAACCGCAGCACGCUAACAAGUGUUACCAAAAAUAGUUUAACCAGCAACAGCACCGACGCAACAGUCAGCAUCAAAACACACCCCUGAGACUCCGAGUACAACCACCGUCAGCUCCGGCACCACCACCAGCAGCAGCAGCAGCAGCAAAGAUGAUCACGCCAAACUAUUCGUACAUUUUCGACUUUGAAAAUGAAUUCAUCCACCAGGAUACUCGGGUCUGGAUGGUCAAAAACUGGACCUACGUGUUCUACUACUGUGGAAUCUACAUGGCGGUCAUCUUCGGAGGGCAACAUUUUAUGCAAAAUAGACCGAGAUUCGAGCUACGUGGAUUACUAGCAAUAUGGAAUACAUUACUAGCAAUGUUCAGUAUAAUGGGUGCCUGCCGGACAGCGCCAGAACUGGUACACGUGCUGAGGCAUUACGGUCUCUUCCACUCCGUGUGUGUUCCUAGCUUUAUCGAGCAUGACCGUGUGAGCGGUUUCUGGACGUGGUUGUUCGUGCUUUCCAAGCUGCCUGAACUGGGCGAUACCGUGUUCAUCGUGCUCCGGAAACAGCCGCUGAUCUUCCUGCACUGGUACCACCACAUCACUGUGCUGAUGUAUUCGUGGUUCUCGUACACCGAAUACACCGCCUCGGCCCGUUGGUUCAUCGUGAUGAACUACUGCGUCCACUCGGUGAUGUACUCGUACUAUGCGCUGCGUGCCCUGAACUUCAAGCCUCCCCGUUCGAUCGCCAUGCUGAUCACCACCCUGCAGCUGACUCAGAUGGUCGUCGGCUGUGCGAUCAACAUCUGGGCGCACGGGUUCCUGCAGACCGCUGGCAAGGGCAGCUGUAACAUCUCCGAAAUGAACAUAAAGCUGUCGAUCGCCAUGUACUUCAGCUACUUCGUCCUGUUUGCUCGUUUCUUCUACAAGACCUACCUCUCGACGAACGCCCGCAAGGGCAAACGCUCGGUCAACUCGGCUUCCAUUAACGGAAGUGCUUCUGCCGAAUACAGUAGUAAACAUGCCUCGAUGGCUGCUAUGAAUGCCAAUCUAUCGACGGCAGCACAAACCGAUAAGGUUAAAGCACAGUAAGAUGGCUCCGGGCUGCAGCACAUCUCCCGUGGCAAAUGCACACAAACACAGCAAAACCAAGAAAACAAAUUUCAACCAGGAUCUUCUCCUAUCUAUGUACGUUGUCGCUGUUGCGUCCGCAGCAGCCACGCCGUUGUGCUUCUUCUCAUGUUACCUUCCUGUUUCCCCAAAGAGAAGGGAUUGUCACUAUCAGUUUUGAGGUACCAUGUGAAUGUUUGCGUUUUCCC